UUCAAUUAUUAUUUUUCAUCUGUAGGUUUUAAAUGACACUUUUCCAGAGCAUACGUUUUUAAUGAAUGGACUGAUACAUGGUAUUAAGGGAAUCUUAUCAUUUUUAAGUGCGCCAUUACUUGGUGCUUUAUCAGAUGUGUGGGGAAGAAAGUCAUUUUUAUUACUGACUGUAUUCUUCACCUGUUCACCGAUACCUCUGCUUCGUUUUAACCCAUGGUGGUUCUUUGCUAUGAUCUCUGUGUCUGGUAUCUUCUCUGUAACGUUCUCCAUUGUGUUUGCCUAUGUUGCUGACUGUACUGAUGAGAAUGAGAGAAGUACAGCCUAUGGACUGGUAUCAGCUACAUUUGCAGCAAGUCUCAUUAUCAGUCCUGCGUUAGGUGCCUUUCUAGGCAGUACUUACAACGAUAACUUUGUUGUUGCGCUGGCAACAGCCGUAGCAUCGUUAGAUAUAUUGUUUAUAUUAGUAGCUGUACCAGAAUCACUACCAGAGAGAAUCAGACCAGCCUCCUGGGGUGCACCAAUAUCAUGGGAACAAGCUGACCCUUUUGCUUCUUUACGUAAAGUUGGUCAAGACCCCACCGUACUACUUCUAUCAUUAACUGUGUUCCUGUCAUACCUACCAGAGGCUGGACAGUACUCUUCAAUGUUCCUCUACUUAAAACAGGUGAUCCACUUUUCAUCAGAAGACGUAGCAACAUUCAUAGCUGUUCUAGGUAUAUUGUCAGUCAUUGCUCAGACACUAGUACUGACCUGUCUAAAGAAGACUAUAGGACUUAAAAACUCAGUUAUAGUAGGAUUAAUAUUUCAACUGUUACAAUUAUCUUGGUAUGGACUGGGUACACACCGCUGGAUGAUGUGGGCUGCAGGAUCAUUAGCAUCUGUUGCCAUGAUCACCUAUCCUGCAAUAAGUGCUCUUGUCUCAUGUAAUGCMGACCCUGAUCAACAAGGUGUUGUACAGGGUAUCAUUACAGGCAUCAGAGGUCUGUGUAAUGGAAUUGGACCUGCUCUAUUUGGUUUUACUUUUUACUUAUUUCAUGUGAACUUGGAUGAUAUGCCAACCACUCCUCCAACUAUCCAAACUAAUCACACUAUGAUGGAGGAUCCUUUUAGUAAGAACAUGGUUGUAGGUGCACCAUUUCUGUUUGGGGCUGGCUCAGUAAUACUAGCUUUACUGUUAGCAUUCUUCAUCCCUGAUAAUGCAAGUCUUAGUGGCAAUAGUAGAUCACCUACUAGAAAGGAAUAUGUCUACUCAGGRGGGACAUUGGACAGUGUUACCAAAGAGGACACUUCAGAUAAUGUGCCUUUGCUCUUACAAGAAACAUCAUAGUAUUAGAUAUUGAAAUUUUAUGAAUAUUGCAAGCAAAUUCACACAUCAAAAGACUUCAUGACUGAACUGAACUAUGUUCAUUAUUACUAUUAUUAUGAUAUUAAAAUAUCCAGUACUAUUUACCAGUCAAUGAUAUUUUGAAACUGCKUAGUGUUUGAGUACUGUUUUUAGUGAAAUACAACUUCUAUAUCUAAUCCAUAUAUUUCUAUACAUAAAGCAAACUACAAUUAAUGCAUGAAACACAUUUUCACAAACCCAUCAAGUAUACUUUUAUAUAAUGAAGAUAUAGGAGUAAGAAUCUAAUUAUAGGGUCCACAGUUGUUUAUAUGUAACAAUUUUAUUUUCAACAACAAUUUUCUUAUUACUCUAGCCUGCAUAGGGGCUCUAUAGGAUGGGGGAAGGGGGGAAAGCGUUUUCCCCCUCCCCCCCUCCCCUAGAGCCAAUACUCAGGCUAUUAUAUUAUCACUCCAUAGUUCAUUUUUGUCAUGCAGUUUCAAAUAGUCUUAUCUGAAAAUGGACUUAUGAAUAUGCAAUUAUUAUAUAUAUAAUAAGAUGAUUUAUCAAAAUAAAUACAAAGUUCUAUU